CCUGUUUCUAAAAUUAUCCCAUGAUGUCAAUCACUUGUCCGGUGAGGCUUCUACCUAGUGUAUCUUCUAUAGAAACUAGAUGAUUGCUGCAAUUCUGCUGUAGUUCCAGCAAACGUAGAUCCUCAGCCGCUAAGUUCGAACUCAAAUGUCACAUGUCAGCGAGGCUAUGGUCACGGCACGAUUUCUCUACCCUUGCAGUGACCGCGUGUACUAACAGCCGUUCGGAAGACCGGCAACAGAAGGUUUCGAUGUUAGCUUUAUCUGGCACAGUCCAGACGGCUGAAGUAAUCUCACUGCUUUCGCAAAGGAACCAACAUCUCGAUCGAAAGGUGAUGGUUAGCAGAGACGAGUGUUUUCGAGCAAAUUGUCUCUGCCAAUGCGUCCAGACCUGCACGUUCUCGAACUUCGGCCGGGAAAGACUCCAAAGUCAGAUUAGGACUUGGUAUAAAACAUACGCGUAUGCCCACUUGCAUGACCUUUUUAUACAAUACAUAUCCCAUAAUAUCUUGGGAAUCUCAAAUGUCGAGCUUUCGACAAACCUAUGGAGAACCGGUAGUCAAAUCAAUAUAUCGUUCAACUAGAACGCCAUGAAGGCUUUUCUCUGCCAUUCCAGGUAUUCCGAUGAUUGCGAAAAUGAUGAUGGGAAUGAGAACGAGAGUCCAAGCAGUAGUAAUAACAGACGAGAAAGCCCUUCUCUUUUCGACAGCUCGAUAUCACCCCAGAAGGUGAUGAUGCACCGUACCAACAUCAAAACCACAGAGAAAGCA